AUGGGGUCAACGGUGUCAAACUUUGGCCAGUUGUGCGGGAAAGGAAAAACGCAAGAGGAGGAAAGACGCUUGCGAGCCAAUGACAGGCAUUUCAACCUGUCCUGUAACUACGCUAACAAUGCCAUCAAGACGUCCAAAUACAACAUUUUAACCUUCCUGCCUCUGAACCUCUUCGAGCAGUUCCAGAGGCUCGCUAAUGGCUACUUCCUCGGCCUUAUGAUCCUUCAGUUAAUCCCACAAGUCUCCUCUCUGUCAUGGUUCACCACUGCCGUCCCUCUGAUUCUGGUGUUGUCCAUAACGGGAGUCAAGGACGCCUCCGAUGACAUAAACAGACACAAGAGUGAUAAACAAGUGAAUAACCGCAAAGUGGACGUCCUUGUUAAUGGACAGCUGAAAAAAGAAAAAUGGUCAAAUGUGCAGGUUGGGGACAUAGUCAAACUGGAGAACAAUGAGUUUGUGACAGCUGACCUCCUGUUGUUGUCGAGCAGUGAGCCUCUCAACCUGGUGUACGUGGAAACAGCUGAAUUAGAUGGCGAAACCAAUCUGAAGGUAAAACAGGCUCUGACUGUAACUGGAGAGAUGGGAGGCUGCAUCGAGACACUGGCAGCUUUCAAUGGUGAAGUGCGAUGUGAACCUCCCAACAACCGCCUGGACAAGUUCAAAGGGACGCUGACUGUGAAUGGAGAGGUCUAUGCUUUGGACAACGACAAGGUGCUUCUCAGAGGAUGCACCCUGAGGAACACAGAGUGGUGCUUUGGCCUGGUCAUAUUUGGAGGUGCUGACACCAAGCUGAUGCAAAACAGUGGAAAAACAACCUUCAAACGGACGAGCAUUGACCGUAUGAUGAAUAUUCUGGUGUUGUGUAUCUUUGGUCUCCUGGCAUCGAUGUGUGCUAUUCUCACGAUUGGCAAUGCCAUCUGGGAAGCGAGGGAAGGCUCAGUGUUCACCGUGUUCCUCCCUUACGAACCAGGAAUUAACGCUAGUCUGACUUCCUUCCUCAUGUUCUGGUCCUAUGUCAUCGUCCUCAACACUAUGGUGCCCAUUUCUCUAUAUGUAAGUGUGGAGAUCAUCCGUCUGGGGAACAGCUUUUUCAUAGACUGGGACAGGAAGAUGUACUACCCCAAAAGUGACACACCUGCUCAGGCCAGGACCACCACGCUCAAUGAGGAGCUGGGUCAGAUCAAAUACAUCUUUAGCGACAAGACAGGAACCCUGACACAGAACAUUAUGACUUUCAACAAAUGCUCUAUCAAUGGGAAAGCUUAUGGAGAGCUGUUUGACUUUUCUGGACAAAGGGUAGAAAUAACAGAGAAGACAGAGAAAGUGGACUUCUCCUGGAACGACCUGGCUGACCCAAAGUUCAUCUUCCAUGACCACAGUCUGCUGGAGACGGUGAGGGAGGGAAACCCAGAGGCUCAGGCCUUCUUCCGUUUGCUGGCUUUGUGUCACACCGUCAUGCCUGAGGAAAAGAAAGAGGGGGAGCUUUACUAUCAAGCCCAGUCUCCUGACGAGGGCGCUCUGGUGACAGCGGCGAGGAAUUUCGGGUUUGUGUUUCGCUCUCGAACGCCGGAGACCAUUACACUAGUGGAAAUGGGCAGAAAAGUCACCUAUGAGCUCCUGGCUGUUCUGGACUUCAACAAUGUCCGUAAGAGAAUGUCAGUCAUAGUGCGAAGUCCUGAGGGCAAGUUGACUCUAUACUGCAAAGGCGCCGAUACCAUCAUCUACGAAAGACUGCAUCCGUCAUGUAGCAAACUAAUGGAAGUUACCACGAAACACCUUAAUGAGUAUGCAGGUGAGGGGCUUCGGACUCUGGUUCUGGCCUGUAAGGACUUAGAUGAACACUACAUGGAGGACUGGAUGCGUCGGCACCAUGUGGCCGCCACUGCAAUGGAGGGACGGGAGGAGAUGCUCGAUGAGCUUUAUGAAGAGAUCGAGAAAGACCUCCUGUUGUUGGGAUCGUCAGCGGUGGAAGACAAGCUGCAGGACGGUGUUCCACAGACCAUUGAGCAACUGGCUAAAGCUGACAUAAAAAUCUGGGUCCUGACUGGAGAUAAACAGGAGACGGCUGAGAAUAUUGGCUAUUCCUGCAACAUGCUGAGGGAAGAGAUGAAGGACGUCUUCGUCGUGGCAGCAAAUACUCGAGAAGGAGUCAAGGAAGAGCUGGAAAAUGCAAGGAGGAAAAUGAGUCCAAAUGCACCAGAGAACCCAACAGUGCACAGGUCUCGAUCUGGCCUGUUUUGGCUUCAGAAGACACAGACUGUGCCGGAUGAGGACGUGGCUGGAGAAUAUGGCCUGAUUAUAAAUGGUCACAGUCUGGCCUUUGCGCUGGAGAAGGACUUGGAGUUGGAACUGUUGAGGACAGCGUGCAUGUGUCAGACGGUGAUUUGCUGCAGGGUCACCCCUCUGCAGAAGGCUCAGGUGGUUCAGCUGGUCAAGAAGUACAAGCAGGCUGUAACUCUGGCAAUCGGCGAUGGAGCCAAUGAUGUUAGCAUGAUCAAGGCUGCUCAUAUUGGCGUGGGUAUCAGCGGUCAGGAAGGCAUGCAGGCGGUGCUCUCCAGCGAUUUCUCCUUUGCCCAGUUCCGUUACCUCCAGCGCCUCCUGCUGGUGCACGGCCGCUGGUCCUACCUGCGCAUGUGCAAAUUUCUACGAUACUUCUUUUACAAGAACUUCACUUUCACCUUUGUGCACUUCUGGUACGCCUUCUUCUGUGGCUUCUCUGCACAGACUGUAUAUGAUGAGUGGUUCAUCACUUUGUACAACCUGGUUUAUACAGCUCUUCCUAUCCUUGGCCUGAGUAUAUUUGACCAAGAUGUGAACGACCGCUGCAGUUUCCAGUAUCCUCAGCUCUACGGUCCCGGCCAGAUGAACCUCUACUUCAGUAAAAAAGCUUUUGUGCGCUGUAUGAUGCACAGCUGCUACAGCUCCCUCAUCCUCUUCUUCAUCCCCUGGGCCGCCAUGCAAGACACAGUGCGAGACGACGGUAAAGACAUCGCUGACUAUCAGUCCUUCGCUUUGCUGGCGCAGACCUGUCUGCUGAUAGCAGUGAGCAUACAGAUGUGCUUGGACACUCACUACUGGACAGCAAUUAACCAGUUCUUUGUGUGGGGAAGCCUGGCCGCCUACUUUGCUGUCACCUUCACCAUGUUCAGCAACGGCAUGUUCCUCAUCUUCACAUCUAUUUUCCCCUUCAUUGGCACUGCAAGAAACUCUCUGAACCAGCCUAACGUGUGGUUGACUAUAUUCCUGGCUACUCUCCUCUGUGUUCUGCCUGUUGUAGCUUUCCGCUUCAUUCUCAUUCAGCUUCGACCGACCAUCAAUGACAAGGUGAGAUAUAAGGUGAGGAAAGAGGGGCUCCCGGCUCCUGCACCUCGCCGCCCUCCACACCGACGCAUCAGCACCCGACGCUCUGGCUACGCCUUCUCCCAUUCUCAGGGCUAUGGUGAUCUCGUGACAUCUAAAAGGUUCUUGCUGAGGCUCCCGCUGAAGAGCCGCCUGGCGCUUUUCACCGAAACCGACUCUGCCAUUGCGCAGAACCAUCCACAGGUCUUCCGGACUGUCACCGAGGAGACGGAGGAGCAGAUGAGGGAACAGAGGGACUAAAACACUGCACGUGACUGGAACCAAAAGGACGAACUCCGGAGGAUGCACAGGGUAAACGUCACUACCUGCAAAGUUUCCAGGUUAAACUUGAAUUCUUUAAACCAAGUUUUGGAUUGUUUUUUCUCUAAAGGAUUAAUGCUGAUGUGAAGAUGCUGAAGCACAUGCAGCCUUAACAGAUGACGCUGA